AUGACUCUUGUUACUUUCCUCAAUGAAUCUGAACUCUCUACUACUUCUAAGGUCGGCGUUCCCUCUUUGGAUUUCGAUACUUCUUCCAAAGCAGGCAACUUUCGCUUUACCCUCCGAAAGCGAUCGCAUGAUUUUUCUCCCGAGGUGAACAUGUCAUCUUAUAACUCUGCCUUUCUUUCGGGCCUCUUUGCCGAUGUGGCUCGUGUCGCUCAGAGCGACGACGAAGAUACCACUACUGACGAACAAGAAGAUGCCCGCCUUGACCUCAGCAUGCCCGUGAAGCGAAGCCGUGUCUCUUUGACCAAGUCGUUUUCCCGUUGUGCCCGAUCUUACAAGAAUCUUACCGAAGUUUCCUCUCCCGUCGGUGUGGAUGCCUUCCCAUCCAUUACUACUACUACUACUGUGGAACCGUCUUGCAGUGCCAGCAUGGAGCGAAUCAACUCUCUCGCAUUCCAGCUCAACUGUGUCGAUCCUUCUCCCAAGUCCGUCAAGUCCGUUGUGGAUAUCAUCGACAUGGCCUUUCCCCACCUCCCAGCUACCGUAAGCGACUCUUCCUGCAGCACUACCAAGCAGCAGGAUCUAACUCGGGGUUCUGACCAGCAGGCGUCAGAACUCUCCGAGACUACUCUCAACAAAGAGAGCUACGGUUGGUUUGUCGAGUUGGACGAUGGCGAUGAUGAUACCCCAGUGGUUCCCACUACCAUUCCCACUUCUCGAUCGGAUACCUCCUUGGAUCUGGCCUUUUCGGCCUCUACCGCUCCCAAGCGAGUCAGCAACUACGAAGCCGAACUCGAAUGGGCUCAGGCCGCCGACACGGUCGAUGAUGUGCUUGGAGACUUCUUCUGA